AUGAUUGCGUUAUAUACUUGCUCUAUUUCUGUACAUGAUCCAAGUACUUCUUGUCGAUUGUGUAUUAAAUCCUCUGCUCUGCAUGAUUUUCUAUCCACAACGCCGUUUGCAGAGCAUGUGAGAUCCUUUUACUGUUUCUCCACAAGACAAAUCGAGUUGCCUCCUAGUAACAUCAAAUAUCUCUGCCAAGCGUUUCCAUUGAUCAGGGUCUUGGACAUUGAGUCCCUGAAAUUUGUAUUCUCCAAGGAUUUUAACCAACUAUUUCAUUUGAGGCAUAUUGCCUUUUCAGGUGACUUCGUGGCCCUUCCUCUGGCCUUUGGUAAAUUUGGAAACUUACAAACCCUUAUACUAAAUACAUCAGCUUCAGCUCUUGAAAUAAAAGCUGACAUAUGGAACAUGUUAAGAUUGAGGCAUGUACACACCAACGUUCCUGCAAAAUUGCCGUCCCCUUCUACCUCAUCAGGUAAAGCUUCUGGCCUUCAAACUCUUUCUCAGGUUGCACCGGAGAGUUGCAAGAAAGGCGUCCUUGUGAAAGCUUGCUAUCUCAAAAAGUUGAGCAUUCGAGGGGCAAUGAUGGCUUUCCUUAAAACCAACAAGGGUGGACACGUCAACCUUGAAGAAUUGAAGUGCCCGGAAGAACUGAAACUGUUAAAUGAUGUUCUUUACGGGAGUAAAGUGCUUCACCUUCCUCCAUCAUUCGUCAGGAUUCUACGCACUGUGAAGAAGUUAACUUUGUCUAAGACAAUGUUUGAUUGGGACGAGGCAAAUAUUUUGGGGAGGCUAGAAUCCCUCGAAGUGCUGAAACUGAAAGAAAAUGCAUUCACAGGGAAGUCAUGGAACCCGGACAUACGAGGUUUUCUUCAACUUCAGGUCUUGUGGAUUGAAGAGGCACUAGACUUGGAAACUUGGGAGGCUUCAGAAGCUCAUUUCCCAAGACUUGGGCACCUCAUUCUUAAAUCUUGUGAAAAUCUUGAGGCUGUUCCAUUUGAGUUGGCUGAUGUACAUAGCCUUCAAGAGAUGAGGCUGGGGAACACAAGAAAAGCAGCCAAAUCUGCAAAAGAAAUAGAGAUCAAAUUCAAGCUCACCAUACUCCCUCCUGAAACUGAUUAG